CAGGACUAAUGUAUAGUCCAGCUCUAAAUGUAGAUUACCAACAUUAUUUUGCUUGGAUCAAAGCGUUUCCAUCAAGUGCAUUCUUUUGUUAAAAUAAUAUUGUUUACCCCUUUAGUGCCUCCCUAAAAAUAGCACCUUGUUUACACUUACCCUUCAUAACUGGCGUAUCUCAAACUGUUUUUUAAAGAUAUAUCGCUGCGCAUGUUAUACAUUUUUGAUUGCUUUCCUUUUUGCAUGGAUUACAGUGGUUGGUUGCUUGAUACAGCGAAGGGAAACGAGUUUUUAUUGAAAAUAAACAGAAGAAUAGGUCUUAUAACCGGACUCGAUACGACGUUCAGAUUGCUGUAUAGUAGUGUUGAACAAUAUCAGGUGUUAAACUAUGGGAUAGGAGGAUGGUACAUCCCUCACCAUGACAAUCUAAAUAUUCCCAUCUGGGAGCCAUCGACUAAUAAAUGCAGGGAUGAGUUGGAAAAUACAGGAGAUAGGAUAGCCACAUGGAUGUUUUACCUAAGUUCGUUGAAGGCGGGCGGAGCAACAGUGUUCCCAAAACUGAGAGCCAGGGUACCAGUUGUGGAGGGCGCCGCUGCAUUCUGGUAUAACAUACUCCCAAAUGGUGACAAGGAUGACAGAAUGCUGCACGCUGGAUGUCCAAUUUUACUCGGCUCCAAAUGGGUAGCCAAUAAAUGGAUUCGUCAGGGAGGACAGGUCCUUACUAAACUUUGCGGUAAAACACACGAGGCAGAAUUCGAAUAUGACAUAGACGGAAAGAAGUCAAGUUAAAAUUCAGGUGUUAUCUAUUUACACGUUGUUGAUGCCUUACAUAUUCGUGAACGUAUAGACCUUAGUGUUUAUUUGUUCCAGUUACCACGGAAAUUUUUCGCUUUAAUUGACAAUAGAAAUAAGAAGUUAUCUACUAAUAAUUCCAGAAAGACGAAACAGGUAUAAAACAGUUUAUUUUCAUUAUUUUAAAUACUCCGUACAUAUCACUUUAUUUAACGGUGUUAUGAACGCCUGUGUGCUUUGUAGUUAUAUAUAACAUUUUAAUACAAGCUGUUAUUUUUGUUACUUAUCGUUAAAUCGGUGAUCCUGAGUGUUUAUAUAUUUCUAACGAGUCUACGUCACUGCAUUAUGGGAUAAGGAAACAACAUCAAUGUGCUAUUUAACUGUACAACGUUUCCAACAACAGAGAACGGAAAUGUUAACUGCUAGUUUAAUUAAUCAACAUCAAUGUGCUUCACCUAUAGCUAUGUACACUGUUUUCACCAAUAGAGAAGGAAGGGAAAUGCUUCCCGUUCUAAUUUAAGUUUGUGUGUUUGUUAUUUCAAACGAGCGAGACUUUUAAUCAAAGAUGCACGCUUAACAUCGACAUAAAAAACAACAAAAACUAAAAAUCGACGCUGUUUUUUUUUAUUUAAUAAAUAUUGAGAUGAAUAGGUGAUCCACACGAAUUCAGUUUAUGCACAUUCGACCCACUAAUUCAUCGAGAAACAACAAAACUGUUAACAUAUUUACCGUCACAAUAUUUGUGUAUUAUAAAUACCUAUACAGAUGUUCGUCGAAACACAAUAGUCGUCGUACCUAGUAAAUAUCCAUCAGUUCACAUUCAUCGAUAUAGCCAGGCUGUAAUUAGUACAGCAUAUAAUUGCAUACACAUUCAUCAAUACACUAAAUUUAUGUCUAAUAAAUAUCUGUGUACACAUUCAUCAAUACACUCAAAUUGUGUCUAAUAAAUAUCGGUGUACACAUUCAUCGAUACACUAAAUUUGUCUAAUAAAUAUCUGUAUACACAUUCAGCGGCAUGUCUAUACAGAUCAAUCGACAUAGCCUGAUUGUGUAAACAUGCCUUACAGAUAUUCACUGUAUCACAAAAUGCUGAGAUAAACCUUGCAGAUCAAUGACAUCACACCUAUACAUUUACAUUCAUCACAAAGAACUAGAAAUAACGAACACGUAUAAAAUCCCACAUAUAAAUAUUUUAUUUGUCCUUUAUUUGUUAGCUUUCUGUUAUUUUAAUCUAACGCGUAUAUGAUUGACAUCAAAACGGUUUGCCGGUGAAAAUAAACAAGACCCAUAUAUAUACAUUGUAUUCCCUAAUCCAGUAUAUUUAGCUGUUUUUCUUGCUUUACUAACCUAGGUGCAUUUUGAUUCGGAAGUAUCCAUCUUGAUAGCUUGUAAUUUGUAUUAUAAGAGCAAGGUAAUCUGUUACAUCUAAUGAAGUGCACAACAUCUAUUAUAGCAUAAAAAAUACAUAAUCAAACGACAAAAUAAAUCGUGUAGCUGGUUAAAUAUCACAACUUGUUAUCGGAAAUAUGUUCCAUAUUUCUGUAAUAGUGAAAGAUGCUAAAUCUUUUAAAAUUUUCAAUUCAAAUUCUUUUCGACAUACAUACGGAAAAAAUAUCCAUGAAUCCCUUCGCAAGCUAAGCAAGUGUUUAAUUUUAGAGAUACCAUUUCCAUAAUUCACCUAUGAGGAACAAUUUCGUAAAUCCAAUUAGUAAGUGUGGGAUUGGUUAGAGGUAAAGUUUUCAAACAACUGCAUGAUUCACAAUAUCCCAAUAUCAACAAUUCUCGCUUAGAUUAGAUGAACAGGCCAGGAAAUAUCUGCCUCCCUCCGUCUACUGCUCAGAUAUUCUGAUAUGGUUUUGACCUCGCUUUAUAAAUGUAAAGUUUACGUGUCGAUAUUUAUAAGUUAACGUGUCAAACUUCAUAAAUGUAGAGUUAAUGUGCGAUAUUAAGGUUUAAGUUAUAAACAUUAUUGUUUAUAUUUGUUAACUUAAAUCUAAAUAUCACAUCUGUCUGAAAUGCAAUAUCGAACUGAACAAUCACUAAAUAUGUUUUUGCUUCACCCAAAACGCAAUAUUUCGAAAUAAGGUUUACAAAGAUGGGACUCUUGCAAACACAAAAUUCACACACAAAUUAAAAAUAAAUGUUAGAACUUAAAACUAUAUAAACAAUUUAUAUAUGUAUCAUACAUGUAUAUACAUCAUAAUAUAUAUAUCUAUAUAAUAAUAUAAUAACUAAAAGACGCCAUUAACAAUAUAGUCAUUAUUGGAAUUCAAGAAAGAAUAGCGACUACAUAGGUAUGAUAACUGAAACACAUUAUAAAUUAUAGUAGUAAAUAAUGUAUCCUAGAGCACCAGAGCACCAUUGAUGAUUAAAAACAGAAUAAUUCAACGCAAGAUAAGAAAAACAAAACAAAAACAAACAAACGGAAGAAAAAUUGCUAUAUGCCAUAACACAAUGAAGAAUAGCUAAAACUAAUCGUAAAGGAAUAAAAAUGACAUAAAUAUAACUCUCACUUCAUUUAAAACACUCAAAAAGAACGAAAAGUACGUCACUUUUUGUAUUCAUUUUUUGUCAGAAACAAAACAAGUUACUUAUCAGUCAAAACUUCAAUUUUGUGUUUUAAAUAGCCUAUAGAGGAAAAGUUAAGGAGGUCAUUUGAAAAAAAGAGAUUGAUUGAAAACGGUUUUUCGAAAGUAUUAGAUAUUGUCAAACACGAAGAAUAUCCUCGAAAACAGGAAAUAUAAAUUAACACCGAAAACAUUAUAAUACGAAAUAACGAAAAAUCGCAAAGAAUAAAACAAUUACGCUUACCCGUCAGAAACCUUCAACUAAAAACAGCAACAAAGAGUUGUAAGUUCCCUGGGUGGUAGCCACGAUAAAAAA